UUAGCCAAAAGGUCGCUUCUCUUUUUUCAUGUUGGGGAGGCAUUCACAGCUGAUUCUGCUGCGCUGUUCCAUCGUCUCGGCAGUGGCAUCCUCCAUCUCUGUCGAAUCUGCAUCUGCAUUCAUCCAUCAGCUGCGAGGGCCCGCUGCGGCACACGCCGGGAGGACCCGACAGCUCAGGAUGGCCACCAAAGGUCAGCAUGCAUGGCGACAAACAUGAGUGGACACAGAUCUUUUGCUUUGACUGGCAGGUGGCGGCGGCAUGCCAUCGGGCAUCACUUCUGAGUUGAUGAAAGAUGUGACGAAGCUGUGGCGGAUGAACGAGGGCGUCGCAAGCAUCACAUCGGGGAAGCUCUACGUGCCGACACCACUCUUGGGACAGAAGGACAAGAUCAAUGCGGUGCUGUUCAAGUCACAGGUCAGCAGCGAGCAUUACACAGAUGUCAUCCACCCACCCAACGCGCCAUUGAUUGCCUGCCCGUUUGUGCGCCUGUCCAUGUGCUUGUCCUUACCCACAGAGGGCCAACUUCAAGAAGAAGGCCUUUGCAGCGACAUUCCCGACUGAGGGGGUGGUACUGCCCAUGCCCACCGACAAAGUGGCGUCCCACGUCACGCCCGACGGCCGGGCCAUGGUGCUGCUGGUGCCGGGGGAGAAGGGCAAUGGCGACAAGGACAAGGACAAGGGCGGCACGAUUGAGCUGUGGAGCCUCACUGACGGUGCCAUCCAAAGUGCGCUGUCGGCCGAGAAAAGGCAUGGCCCAUUUGAGGCGGGGGAGUAUGGCGGGUGCGAUCUGGACGCGACCCAGACAAGGUGACAGCAGCGUCGGAGAGGUGCUCGUUUGCCACACAGCGGAUGGAUUGUGCGUCCAUUUGUCUGCGUGUGUAGGGUUGUGUACGCGGCUGAAGUCAAGCCACCGACUACAAAGGGUGAGCGAGUCCACCUAGACACGACAUUCACUCUCACCUUUGCACCUGCACGGUCCUUACUCUUCGUUACUACCGUGUGCAGCAUUCUGGGAUGAGGACGACAAGAAGGACGAGAGCAAGCCAGGCACUGACGGGGAGAAUGGCAAUGGCAGGGGGGCCAAGUAUGAGUACCAGCAGUCUUGGGGCGAGCAGCAGACUCAGUACACAAAGACCAACAUCUACAUCGCAGGUGUGGGAGGGAGAAGACACAAGCUCCAUUGAUCGAUCAAUGAGUGAGGCAUUGCGCGUGUGGCUUUGUUGGCUGUGGUCAGAUUUCUCCGCCGAGUCGAUUGUCGAGGUCGAGGGGCUGCCCGACGGCAAGGCUUACGGACAGGUGAGCGGCAGAAGGAGGGAAGGCAGCACAAUCACUGUUUGUGUCUUUCGAUCAUCUCAUCAGCCCCGUUGGCUUCCCGAUGGCAGCGGGUUUGUGUGUGUGGGCUGGGACAUCGAACCCUUCAAGUGAGCCACCCAACCACAACCACAGACAGACAGACAGACAGACAGAGGUGGACGGCCAUAACUUCUUUGUCAUUCUCCAGGCUGGGCCGCAUCUACUGCAUGAACCGGCGGUGCGCCACUUACCUUUGCCGACUACAGCAGCAGCCCAAAGGAAACAAUGACAAGAAGAAGACUGUCAAGGUGGAUGUGCUGCCCCUUACAAGUGACGAUGACUUCGCCGGCUGGAGCCCACUGCCACUGCCGCCCUUGAAAGGCGCAGAAAAUGAUGAUGAGUGUCGCGUUGUGUACAUUUCCAUCGACCACUCAAAGGUGACGCGACGACACCGAGACUCACACAUGAUUGUUGUGUUCUCGAUGGGGGAAUUCUGUCUUAUCUUUCAGAAUGCGCUGCCGCAUAUGGGCAACGUGCGGCUGAUGAUGGUGAAUGUCAACCUGCCCCAGGACACGUCAGCUCCCUGCUCCAUCAAGGACCGCAGCGUCCUCGUGGACUUCGUCAAUCAGCCAGACAAAGAGGGGGGUUUCCCGGGCCUCUACGUCUUCAACCUGCCUGCACGAUGCGUGUAAGUCCACCACACCUGCAAAUCCAUCCAUCCACCCAUCCAUCCCCUCUGUGUGCAGGAGUGGCGACGGCAGGACCAUUUUCGUCUCCUCGCCCAACAGGUGUCGCACAGCUGUCUGGGCAGUCGACACCACUACAAGUGAGAGAGCCAGCCGACCGAAAACAGUCACAGGCAGCCACCUGCCGCACCACGGGGAAGAUGUGCUGGUGUUGUCACGUCAGAGAGCGUGAGUGAGGUGUACAGCACCCGAGGGGAGUCUGUGCAGUUUCUGGACUGCCUCGGCGACUACGUCCUGUAAGCGGCGUUAGAUCAACACAGGCCCAGCUCUCGUGUCAUGCCUUUCUGUGCGCUUGUGUUGCCCCUCAGGCUGAAGGAGAGCUCCCCCACCUGCCUGGACACACCCAUCAUCGCCAGAUGGUAUCCAUCGCAGAAAUCUUUUGAGUGGUCUCUCAAGACAGCCGAGGGAGAUGGCAGCAAGGAAGCCCUGUCAUCCCUCGGCCCUCGAGGCAGGCUGCGCGAGGCCUUGAAUUGCGUCGAGUGGAAGGUGCUGAAUGGCAGGCACAUCCUGGUGAAGCCGACCGGCAAGAGAGAUGACGGCAAGCUGCCGCUGGUGGUCAACAUCCAUGGCGGCCCGCACACGGUGUACGACACCUCGUUCUUCUUCACGAGUGUCUUCUGGGCGAAACUCGGUGGGAUGGAUUAGGGAAGGAACGAAGCAAGGACAGACACAAAUGCUAUCGCCAUUUAUGUGGUGUGUAUGUGUGUGACUGUGUAUGUGGCUGGCUGGCCAGGCUACGGUGCGCUGCUUGUGAACUACCGUGGGUCGGUAGGUUUCGGCCAGGACGAGCUGCUGUCCCUCCUAGGUACGUGAAGGGGGGUGGCACUUGCGUCGCGUCCACCACCAGCAAACAGAUUGGUCCCUCCAUCCAUGGAUGUUCAUCUCGUAUAUAUAGGCAAGAUCGGCACGCAAGACGUCAAGGACGUUUAUGACGCCGUACAGACAGCUCUCAGGUACCUACCUACCAUGGUGGGCCAGUGAGUAAUGCCCCUCCAUCCACCACACCGGGGGGGGGUAUAUGCGUGUGUCCAAUUUUUCGUCAGUGAGGGGUGUUUCGACGAGAAGCGCCUGUGCGUCAUCGGCGGCUCUCAUGGCGGCUUCCUCACACUACACAUGAUCGGACAGGUACCACACCCACAGCAAUGCAUUCGCCACAAGCUAAAGACCUAGGUGCGUUGCCAUGAAUGUGCUCUGCUCUGCCCCCCACCGUCUGUCCAUCAGUACCCCGAUAUGUUCCGUGCUGCGUCGACCCGCAACCCCGUGGCCAACAUAGCCUCCAUGAUCAGCACGUCUGACAUACCCGGUGCAGUCACUUUGUUUGUGUCCACUUCCAAUCACAUGUAGCAUGCAGUUUGUUUGUUGGUGUGGGCAGACUGGUGCUAUGCCGAGGUCUUUGGCGACAAAUACCCAUUCGCGGUGGGUGAGAGAGAGGUGAUUGAUAUCUACUCCACGGGUGGGCGUGUUGUGUCCUUCCUUGAUGCGUCGACGUGCGUGUGCAGGGGGCUAGUGGACAUGAGCUGAUGGCGAUGCACCGGGCCUCCCCCAUUCGCCAUCUCUCUGACGUCAAGACGCCCCUCCUUACUGGACUAGGACUAGACGACCUCAGGGUCAGUGAGUGAGUCAGCCGGGGAGGGAGGGAGAAACGGACAGGGCGUGGCGUACACAGACAAAUGCUGGCUGUGUGUAUGCGUGUCUGUGUGCGCCAACCACUCAGGUGCCUCCGUCGCAGGGAACGGAGAUGCACCAUUAUCUCACUGCCAAGGGUAAGGGAGGGAAGCUUUUCAUUCAGACAGCAACACACGAUGUGAUGUAUGCAGAGUGAAUGAUGGAUGGGCUGUGUUGCGUGAUGUCUGUCUGUCUGUCUGUCUGUCAGGUGUGCCUUCAAGACUCCUGUGCUACCCAAAAAACGGUGGGACCACAAAUAGUAUAUUUGUUCCCCACCCCGUGUAUGUGUGUGUGUGUGUAUGUGUGUGGGUGCCUGUGUGUAUGGAUUCGAUCAGCCCAUCCAAUCGCCCAGCCGGAGUGCGAGAGUGAUUACUUCAUCAACACGGCCCUCUGGUUCCACGCACACACCCAAAAGCAGCCAUAGCCAUAGAUAGAGCCGGCAGGACAGCACACGGAACAACGAUAUGGCCAGCUUCCAGACAGACAGACAGACGCGAGGUCGGAGGGAAUGUCGCUCGCUGCGGCACCCCACCUGACUGUGUACAUCAAUCACCUGGCUGCAUGUUUGACGUUUUAUGGGUACCCGUGGCUAUAGCUGAGUGCACGCACCUAUGUGUUACGUAUUAGCUGGACUCUCCACCCCUGGCUGCAGCAAAGCAAGGUCUGUCUCGUCAAUCUCAUC